GCAUAUUCCCUAACGCAACAUUAAGGAGGAGACGGAGAACGAGAUGGAGAUGGCAUGGCCACUAGUCAGCUGGAUCAUGUCAGCCUCUUCUUCUUCUUCUUCCUCCUCUUCUGAAUAUGAUGAUAACAACGACGACAGCGACUACAACGACGACGACAACGAAGCAGAAUCACCGAACGACGACGUCUCGUGCGAUGACUCCGUCUCCCCAUCCACCCAAUCUCCAUGCCAACCUCCCUCCAGUACGGUUGCCGCUGCCGUCGCCGCCGAUCCCUCUUCUUCUACCUCAAAACGACGUCGCACCGACGACAGUGGGGAGGCCGUGAAAAGGGUCUCUAAAAAAAGGGUUUGGACCAAAGAAGACGAACUCGAGCUCUUGCAUGGCUUUUUGGACCACAUGACAAAAAGACGGAGAAUUACAAGCAGUAGAAAACAGAAAGAUUAUGUUUCUUCUUUCUGUAACGAGGUUAAGCCCGAGUUACAGAUUCGAUUCAACAAGAGCCAGAUCGUUGACAAGCUCAGGAGAUUAAAGAGAAAGUACAACCAAAACAUCGCUAAUAAAAGGAGUUUGAGCUUGGACAUGCAGGAUCAGUUCUGGUUUAAGAACCCACACGACAAGGCCGCUUUCGAGAUUUCCCAUGAGAUAUGGAAUACGACGGACCGUUUAGGCACUGGUGAUCAAGAUCAAACGGUCGUAGAUGACAACGUACCGAUCAGGACGAGGUCGCAGACCCUGAGAAAUAGUACUACCAAAGGGGUUUUGGAUGAUGGGUCGUGGUUAAACAAGAUUAAUAAUAGUAAUAAUAGCUGUGGUGAUGAAGGUAGUGAUACCGUGGGGUUGAUAAUGGGUUUGGGUCUUAGUCCGAUUGGGUUGAUGAAGUUUGGUGAUGGGGGGGAAGUGGUGAAUUUUCAUGAUGAGAAGUGGGGAGAGCAGCAGAUUAUGGAGUUGGAAGUCUAUUUGAAGCGCCUGGAGUUGGUGCAGGCUCAGGUUAAGGCUGCUUUGGACAAGUUGAGGUCAGCAGGAUCAGGAAAAGAUGUAACAUUGUUUGCUAAAGCAUUCUACACCGAUGAUGUGGCAGCCAUGGAGACAAAACGGUUGUUCUUCUUUGUUGUUUUCCAAUUGGAGGGUGGCUUGUAA